GAAGAUAUUUUACAGUACCCUGUAUCAGUAUUUUUAUGAAAUAUUAAACACAUCGGGGUUUCACCUCUUAUUUAUGCAAUCACAUGUCUCAUAAACGCAGUAAGCUGAGUAAACCAACGAUUGAUGAGCAGCUGCUGUCUGCAAUAAGCAAUGUCAAUGCUAUUACAAAUCAAGGUGUUCGAAGUAGAAGUAAAACUAUUAAGAAGAAAAAUGCCAGUAGAGAUAUAGUUCUUCAAAGAAACGAAGAUGGCGAACGGAUUAUUCAUAAGCUGAGGCAAAGCACUCCGAGCAAUAGAAAUACACAAAGAGAUGAGGAAAUGCCUACAACAUCGUCAGAUUUACAUGAUGUUCCACAGGAAAUGUUAUGUGAGGACAGUGUUACUGAAAGAGAUCUUGAAGCCAUUCUUGAAAGCUGUCAGUUGGUUAUUGGAGAAGUGGAUACUGGGCCAUCUGCUUGGCAAAAAAGAAUGGAAAAUCGAGAAGAAAAUUGAGAAAGUAUGAGGGAAAAAAUAUUCAAUGUCACCGUGUCAUCAUUUGCUCCUCCUUUAUCUGCUAUGAAGUGUUGUAGAUGCAAUGAAAAUGAAGCUG